AGCGCUUUUUGUCCAGGGAGUCGGCACUUGAGCGCAUUCCUUGACGUGGAGGUCGGUGUACCUCUCCAAGGAUUUGAUGAAGCCCGUUCGUUGAUAAGUUCGAUACGCUCACACAGGCUUGUGUUUGAGAGAGAAAGAGAGCGAGCGCACACACGGAAAGCCUACAAGCUCUGGAGUUAUAUCUGUGAACUGCGCCGCUUGGAUAAAGACAGAGGCGCGACUGCGCUCCGUAUUUCACUUCUUCGAAGUUCAGGGGAACUGAAACUGACGAAAAAGUGGCGCAAGAGUAGAGGAGGAGACUUCUUCACUGGGCUGAGCCUGGAGAGAGAAAGAGUCUACACCAUGAAGGUCUUUCUCACUCCACUGAUGCCCUUUCUGCUCUUCCUCAUCCUGCCUGAUGGCACCUUGUCCAGUGACUGCCCAGAGGGUUGCUCCUGUUCCCCGCCACAAUCCAUCUUGUGUUACAUGAGACGUUCCCCUACCAUUCCCAAGGGAGUGUCUCCUUCCACAAAGAGCCUCUACCUCUUUUCCAAUGGCAUUGAGGAGUUGACAACUGAGGACUUUGAGGGUCUGGAGAACUUAGAAAUGCUGGACCUCAGUCAAAACAAAUUGACUGAACUUCCCGAGAGGGUGUUUGAACAUUUGGCCUCUUUGAGAAACCUGGACUUGUCCUCCAACCAGAUUACCCACAUUUCAGAGGAAUGCUUCCAGGGCAUGGCACUGCUUGAGCGUCUUUAUCUGUAUAGCAAUCUUAUUGUGACCAUUCACCCUGCAGCCUUUAAUGGCUUGGAGAACCUGCUGGAACUCAAGCUGCAGGGAAACCAGUUAACAUCUCUUCCUGCUCUUUCAAUGCCCCAACUGCUGCUGCUGGACCUCCGCUUUAAUGUCUUACCCGACUUGGGUCCUUCAGAUCUCCAGACCCCAAACCUGGAGUCACUCAAAUUGGGUGGUGUUGGGCUCACCAGCCUAAAUGAGGAGCUCAUGGGUAGUCUCAAGAACCUCCAUGAACUGGACAUAUCAGGGAACCAACUUGAAUCCUUCCCCUCAGUGCUAAAGGAGACCCCAGGGCUGAUUCACCUUAGCCUUGCUGGCAACCCAAUGGGUCCUCUCAAGGUUCAGGACCUUCAGAACCUUGGAGAGCUGCAGGAGUUGGAUAUCAGCAGCCUCAGUCUGCAGGGCCUUCCUGAAGAGUUUUCCCAGCUCCUACCCCACCUCAGAAAGCUCACAGUAGCAGAGAACCCUUUCAACUGCCUCUGCACCUUAGCGUGGUUCCCUAGAUGGCUGAGAGCCCAAAGCAUCACCCUGGAAAGAACAGAGGAGACCCGCUGCCAUUUCCCACCGAGCAAUGCUGGAAAGGUAUUGGAACGACUGGAGCACAGGGAUUUUGGCUGUCCUACCACAACUACAGUCACCACUACUACUUUGAAAACUACUACUACCCUGCCUGUCCCUGUCACGACCGUCCCAAGUACUACUAGAGCUAUUCCAGUCCAGAGGGACAGCGACAACCCCCCAUACAAAGAUGAGGACUCUGCCCUGCUGCCUGUCCCUGCAUCCCCCAGUAGCACCAGCAUAGAUCGCAUUGUGGACCAUUUCUGUCCCCCUCACACCUGUCUGAAUGGUGGUACUUGUCGUUUGGACCAGGAUGGUCAGGUAGAGUGUACCUGCCCACAUGGCACAUCUGGCAUGUAUUGUGAAACCCAAAAGCAUCACCUGCCUUCACCACCUGAAGCUGAAAUCCCCAUGGCAACUGUCUCUGUAGACACACCAGACAUCAGCUCACAUCAAGCAACCGCAACUUCAAUCCUGCUGGACCUGCACCGAUACAUUGAAAUGCGGCCUUACAUCCGUGGAAUACGCCUAACCUACCGCAACCUCUCUGGGCCAGACCGCAGGCCAAUUCAACUCAGCCUGCCAUCUUCCUUUCCAGAGUACAGACUCAGAGGCCUGAAGCCCAACUCCACCUAUGCCGUGUGUGCCAGUCCACUAGGUGCCCCUAGCGGCAUGGACAGUGUCUGCACUGAGGCCCAGACAGCAGCUGAAAGCAUCAGAGGCCCUGAUGCACAGUUUGAUGACCAGAAACUGACCACAAUGCUGGUGCCUGCUAUCGCCAUAUUGCUGCUUCUGGUCCUGAUAGCAAUAGUGGUGGGAGUGGUAUGCUAUCUUCGCAGGAAGAGGGCCAAGGGCCACAUGGACCUAGAAUGUGAGCCCUCACAGCUAGAGUUGGACGGAGUUAAGGCUGGCUUAGACAAUGGGGCACUGCCUCAAAAACAGCCUCAACUCAUCCCUGAACCUGCUGUUCAGAAUGGCAAUCUGGAGUAUGAGGUGUUGCUACUACAGGAUCACUGUACAUCAAAUAACAAUACAUCCACACACAAGCCUUCGUACUUUUGACACCUGGCUUGGACUACACAAACUUUUCCUCUCUGGUGAAAUGCAGAGAGCAGCAACUGCUGUUGUGAGAAAGGAAGACAUCGUAUUAGCCAGCCAACCAGCAAAGGGGAAACUGGACAUGUAUUUAACUAAAUGCUCCCCCGCUGUCUAAGGAGACAUUAAACAAGUUCAAGAACAUUCAAAAGCAUUGACAUUGCCCCUCCUCAAUUAACUUGCUGCUCCUGCUUCAGUAAUAUUUCCUCACUGACAUUGCUGGAAUGGCCACCUAUUAGCCCCUAUGCUGUGAUGCUGAGACUGAAGCUGAGCUGUCACUGGCUGAAACUAUGGGUUAAGGGACACAGUGACCUCAUGCCCUCCUUUAUCUGUUCAUAAAGGGGAGUGCACUGAAGUGGGGUUACACUGCCUUCCCUCCUCUCUUCACAACAGCUCAUCUAAACACUAUUGUCAAGUGUUUUUGCUGCAUGUUGUAACUCCUCAGUACUAGCCCAAAGGGAUCAGUGCUUGCUGUGAAUGACCAUUAAGGCACCAAAUGAAGUUAUGUAGAGAAAAUAGCUGAUGCUUGUAUUGCUUUAUUUGGCUCUAAAACUCUUGUGAUUUUUUUGUAUGUAUGUUUUUUUUAUACUUUUGUCUGUUAUUUUUUUAUUGUGCAACAUUGUGACUUUUAACAGCCCUCUAUACCCUCCUCCCCCCACCUCUUGUGACUAACAGACAAAACAGCAGAUUAAAAUCUUUGAAGAUUAAAACUCGUUUGGUACCAGCAAAGUCAAUCAAAGGGCUUUGCCCCCAGAAUGUCAGACAGUCUAAGUAGAUGUGAGUCUGGACAGACUCAAGACUAAAUCCCCCUUCUCGAUUCUGAAGCCCUCAGCCUGCUUUACCAUCACAAAGGGAGAAGGUAAGCAGGAUUACAAAAGGUACAGAGGGAAGCAGUUUACUGAAGCUCUUCUGUUUCAGUGCUACAUUGAGUUACAACCAGGCUGAAGCUUGCCAAAUUGCAGUAAGCACUCACAUGACUACACCACAGCUAAAGAGAACUUCAGAGAUUUUAUUUAUUAUUUAUACUCCCUGCAAGGGAAACUCUGUUUUAUCCCUCAACCACAGUUCACAUACAACAUACCACUUGGCCUGGCCCACAAUAAGCAAAGCAAAUAGUGGUUGUGUAUUGUGUUUCCGCUGAGUAAAAAUAGCCUGCUCAGUGCACUCCUGUACACAAUUUCUACUUGGAACUUCGGGUGCCAGUUUUGCUCACUUGCACCUAACGAGACUAUUGAAAGGCUGGACGCGCAGCUCAGCAAACUUCACAGUGUUAAUACUGUUGUACGCAGGAUGACGAGACUUGUAACUGUAGGGUUUCUAUUGCAGACACAGCGUUCUCAGAUCUAAAUCUGUGAAUACAGAGGAAAGGACUGAAAAGUACCUGUGUGUGUGUGUGUGUGUGUGUGUGUGUGCGCACGCGUGUCAACUUCAGUGAUAAUGCAAGUACAUGUUCAGUCUUGUGCAAAGACCUGCAGACAUCAAGUUACUAUCAGUUACCCCCUCUUUGUGCCCACAUGCCUUUGCAUUACAUUAAGCCCCAAACAACUCAAACACACCAAAGACACAUCUGUGAAUGUCUGUAAAGUUACCUGUGUACAGUAUUCCCAGUGCACAAUUACCAGAUACACACACACACACACACACACACACACACACACACACACACACACACACAAAACAAUCAAGCAAUGCAACUGGAAUAUUUGUCUGUAAAAUAAAAUACAUUGAAGAUAA